AUGGCCGCAAGUGGCCCAAAUGGCCGAAAUUCCAACCUGACCUUCUAUCCCGCAUACUGCUUUAAGGCCUCGCCUACCUACUUUGCGUGGGUUAAGCUCACAGCCUUCGACAUUCACAAUAUACUUCAUAUCAAUUCAGCAUUUCAAGGACAGAAUUUGUACUUCUAUUUGAACCAUCCCAUACAAUUUGUGUAUCUGGUCGGAGUGGUGGUGUCGUACGAGGACUUUCAUGAAAAGAGAUGGCUCUUGAUCAUCGAUGACAGUAGUGGGGCUACGAUCGAGGUCUCAUGUCCAAAGCCAGAAGAAACAGCAGACAAAAAUCCUGACCAGGCUUCGAAGGAGGGGUCAGAACUCGAUGGGAUUAGAUUGGCGGAGGUGCAAGCCCGUGCUAAUACAAUAGCCUCCAUCGACGUGGGAAGCGUCAUCAGUGUCAGAGGAAAGGUCGGCACUUUUCGCGAUACUCGACAGAUACACCUUGAACGGGUCGCCAUUAUUCCGGACACAAAUGCCGAGCUGCGAUUCGUCGAGCAGCGGACUAAGUUAAAGGUGGAAGUCCUAUCGAAGCCAUGGAUUGUGUCAUCCAGGGAGCAGAGUCGGUUGCUGAAAGUAGCUGAAGGUCGACGCAAUACCGACAAAGCACAGAUUCGCAAAUGCAAGGAGCGGGAAACUGCACGACAAGCCAGGGAGAUCAGACAUGCGGAGAGGAUUGCCAAAAAGUACGAGGAAGACGAGGUGAAACGGGCAGCAGCUGCCGAGAUAGCUCGUAGGGCUGGAGAAAUGUUCAUGGACCAUAAUUCGAGGAAGAAAGUCAAGUCAGCGGUUGACACAAGCGCAAUGAAGGAGCCAAGAAAGUUAUAA